AUAAAAUGCUAAAAUGCUAAGGGUUUACAGAUCCAUUUUUUUUUCGCGAUUGGAUUCAUGGGCGAUCUCAGCGCGGCAGAGGUCGCCAAGCACAAAUCCGCGACCGACUGCUGGUUCAUCAUAAAUGGCAAGGUGUAUGACGUGACGAAUUUCCUGGUGGAUCAUCCCGGAGGCGAGGAUGCCUUGCUGGCCGUCGCAGGCAAAGACGCGAGUCAGGAUUUCGAGGAGGUCGGGCACAGCGACAGUGCCAAGGAGCAAAUGGAGCAAUUCCUGGUGGGAUUCGUGGAGGGCUACGCCGGCGACAAGGAUUCCAUGCCCGCGAAGCGAUCCGCGGUGGAGGAGGAGGAGGAAGAGGAGGAGCCCGUGAUGCGCCCUCUCGCGAUUGAUCCGGCGGAUCGGCCGAGCGUGUUCCUAAAGUACGUGGUGCCGCUGCUGCUGCUGUGCUUGGCAUUCGCGCUCCAGUUCUUCGGCAAGAAGAAGAACCCCGAGGACCCAAGCUCGUGAAGGGGCGAAUAUUUCCUCGCAAACGAAUAUACGAAUUCAUUAGUGUUAACCUGCAUGGUUCUGUUAGCAAGAAAUAAUACGAUUAUCAGAGUCGAUCC